AUGGAGGUACGCGUCUUAGCAAAAUUCAUUCCGUUCGGUGAACAGAGUAUACGGCAAGAAACUUUCAGAAAAACUCAAGAACAAUAUCGGGUCACAAAAUCAGAAUCGAUAAAAAUUAAUUCGAUUGACAGAACGAAUUUUAGCUAUAAGUUAUACGGAGGAUUUAGCCAGACAACAAAUGAAUCAACUAAUUCCGAGGACGUUGAUGAAGAACUCUUUAUUGCAAAUAAUGAAGUCAUUUGGAGCAGAGGAAACGUUUUGCUAAAGAGCUUUAAAUUUGAGGAACCGGUUGUUCAAGCCUUGUUCGUCUGGUUCAAUGUAACAAAAGCUCAAAGAAAUUCGUAUGGCAAUCAAGCAGAUCUUAACACCAAAAAUACGAACGGAAUCGAGCGACAAAGAGCAUUGUUUGUUGUUCUUGAAAACUUGGCCAAAGUGUACUUUUUGGAUGGACAACAUUUUCUUAUUAGACUUCCGUCUUUAGUGCGACGCGCGUGGGCUAUGAACGUUGGUGUCAUUCUUCAACGCGUUGUUGAAGAUAAAAUUCCUUCUAGUAUGACGAAAUUUUCGCCAUGGCCAUUACCGACGCUUUAUAGUCUUUUGGAUCCAUUGGAAGAAAUAAAACCUGUUUCUAUUGUAAAUGAAAUCACACAUAAUGGGCCCAAUAUUAGCAUAAAGGGAAUGACGCGUCCUUUUUCAGAUGUUGAUGAUAUAGUAGUCUAUGUCAACGACUGUGGGCAAGAAGGGAGCCCAAUUUUGGUUACUUUAAACCGGAUAACUCUGCGACACUCUAUUUAUAAAUAUGCGGUCAUAAAAGAAGAUAAUUUAAAGACUAAAUCAGUAGACAUAUUUGAUUUAAAAAUUGGUCCAGAUGUUAGUGUUGAUACUUUCUUGGAACUGAUUUGGACAGAACCGAUCGCUCAAACAGCAAAAUUCGAGGAGACCUCUGUGUUUAUCGCCCAUGAUUUGGAUGGGCACGAGAUUCUGUGUAUUUUUGCUAGUUCAACAAAAAAUUUUGUAGCAUUAGACAUCCUUGUUUAUCCGCAUGGAUUUAAAGUGUGUCCCAAACUUAUUCUCAAGGUUGAUGCUGCAGCUCCUGUUUUGGCCACAAGAUCAAGAAAUUACGAUAUUUUAUUUGCAAGGAAUGAAUCGUUUUCGGCUUUAGAGUUGUGGAUCGGAUACGACAAAUAUAUUCCUUUGAAUUUGAAUUAUGAAAUAAUUAAAACAGAAUCUCAAUUGGGGAAUUAUGGAGAAGAGCGGAAAGAUCUACAAACAAACAAUGAUGAUCCGAAAUGCUCGCAAGCAAUUUUUUCUCAACGACUUCCUCAACAAUAUCUUGUAGCAAACCAAUUUAUUUCAGAUAAGAUUUGGGAGCUAAGGGAUUGGGUUCAUAAUCGAGUAAAUUUGGUAUUAAAAAACGACAUUAUACGAAUUAGCUUAAAUUUUAUUCCAAAUUCAAAGCUUGUUCGUACAUGCUUGGAAGCUUUAAGCUUUGCGCUACCAACAACCCUUUAUUUUGAUUUCAAAGCUCAGUAUUUCUUGUCUCAAUAUGGUAACAAAGAGUGUAGAGAUAUAUUAAUAGGCUCUGAAUGGGAAAAUUUCAUUAUUAUUCUACUGUCGUUUUUUCGCUUGGAAGGUCAAGAUGCAAUUGACCAAGCAUUUUUUAGAGAGUUCGACAAAAGUGAUUGGAAUUUCCUUUCAUCAACAUUUAAACAUUCCAGGUUCAAUUUCAACAACCAUUUUCGGUGUAUUCAACCUUCAACCAUAGUGGAAAAUGAUAUAAUGAUUAAUUCGUUUAAAAAUUCACGGAAUCUUUGUGAAGCCUUUUAUGCAUAUUAUUGUCAAUUAGAAAAUAAAUAUUCGGCAUUUUUACCUUCGAUUCUCAUUUCUCUUCAUUUGGUUUAUCAAGAUUUAAAAUUAAAUUACACAUCUCAUCAAUACAUUAACGAACUUAUUCCGUUGUUGAUGCAACUAGCUAAAUUCUUAAAGUGGGAUAAUUAUGUAGAUUAUUAUAAACGAAGCUAUGGGAUGAAUCAAUUAAAGCUCAUAGAAGGUGUUAUCAUGGAAUCGGCGUUGAAUCACGAUCACGCCUUUUUUUCGCCACCUGAUAUUAAUCAGUGGAUCUUAAAAUGCAUUCGAAAGCCAAUGGAGGCAAAGGAGCCUUUUCCAACACCUUUGGAUAUUGGUCAAAUUUUUUCUAUCCCAGAAUUAAAUGAAAAUCUGGUCCAUGACUUUGAUUGCUGUCAGAGAACCAGACAAGUGUGUGCUAUUUAUCACAAAUUAAUUAACGAGGGAGAAAAGUCAAUAAUUCUUGAAAUAGUGAACAUAGGCUAUACCAUUAAUGACAUUGACGCAUUACCAUGUGGCAUUGCGCUUCCUUUACGUGAAGCUAUAAGAAAGUGUCGAGAAAAUCCCCCAAACGAUUGGCCUGGAGAAGCCUACAUACUUGUUGGAAGAGAAGACUUAGCUGAAUUAACAUUUGGAAUGCCAAUUGGUUAUAUACAUGCUCGUGGUAACAGAAUGGAAAUGAAACCAAAAACUAUUGCACAAAUUGUCGAAUCGACAAUACCCACGAUUUCGCCACAAGAUCAACACGAAGAGAUUAAUGGAACAGAGAUUUCAAACCAUGAAAUAACUGAUUUAAGAUUUGGCAAUGAUAAAAGGUUGCUAGAAGUACAAAAACUUUUACAAUCUUGUAACACCAUCAAAGUUGAUUUUCCUACAUUGGAUUUAAGUGUCCAGAACGAUGAAAAUUCUCCGCAGAUACUUGAACGUGUUCAAAUUCAAUGCUUAAAAAAUUUUUCGCAUCCAGUCGGUCGCGCAGUCUUAACUUAUGGCACUGUCACACCAAUAGCCACGGAACCUUUUCCGAUUCCUGGAUUAAGUCAGGCAAUUAAAGUAUUGCCUUUUAAUACUCUUAUUCAAGCUGAUCGGGCGCUUCGACUACCAGAAUCUGCGGAAUGGCCGGAAUUUCAUGAUGGUGCAGCAUCGGGUUUACGAAUUCCUUCAACUAUUGAUAUCGAAGGAUCUUGGAUUUCUCUUAAUAAGCCCAAAGAAUUAACAAACAGUCAUGCAGGGUUUCUUUUAGGAUUGGGGCUGAAUGGUCACUUGAAAUCUAUGGCGACAUGGCAAGCGGUCGAGUAUUUGAUGAAAACGCCUAAACAUGAUAUUACAACAAUUGCUUUAGUGCUUGGUCUACCAGCCUCAUAUAUUGGUACCAUGAAUGCCGAAAUUAUGAAAUUUAUAGCUGUUCAUGUUACUGCUAUGUUCCCACCAAAAUCCACUAGUUUGAAUGUAUCGCCUCUUAUUCAAACUGCGUCUGUUCUUGGUUGUGGAUUACUCUACAUGGGAACAUGUGAUCGAUACAUGUCUCAGGUCAUGUUAUCGGAAAUUUCGACGAAAGCUUUGAAAAUGUCAGAUAGUUCUGAAACUGAUUUUACAGAAGGUUAUUCGCUUGCUGCCGGAUUUGCACUUGGAUUCAUAAAUUUGGGACAAGGUGAUAGCGCACGUGCUUCUGUUGAUCUUGAUUUGCUCAAAGAAUUAAGAUUAUAUAUCUCUGGUGAUAAAUGCACAAUAAAGAAACUAUCAGCACAUGAUACGAGUGCUAGAAUUGAUAAUAUUAACAUUAACAUUACAUCACCAGGUGCAACGAUAGCUCUUGGAUUAUUAUAUUUGAAAACCAAUAAUGUUAAUGUUGCAAAUAAAAUUCCCAUCCCUGAAACCGAAUUUUUCUUGGAUUAUGUGCGGCCAGAUUUUCUUUUAAUAAGGACACUUGCAAAAAAUUUGAUAUUGUGGGAUAAUAUUCAAUCUACAAAAGAAUGGGUUGAAAGUCAUGUGCCUCAAUAUAUAACAUCAAAGCUGACGCCUAAUUCUGAUAUUAAUUAUGAUAACCUCGAAUCUAUUAGGAGAUCGUAUUAUUAUAUAUUGUCGGGAGCUUGUUUCAGUAUGGCACUUAAGUAUGCAGGAUCCGAUGAUAAGAAGGCACUUAAAUGCUUACUUUCUUAUCUUGAUUUAUUUAUUGGAUUGGAAAAUACAAGAAGAGCAUCAACAUUCGAUGAAAAUAUCACAAUGUCAGCCAUCAAAUCUUGUUUGAAUGUUUUAUCUAUGAGUGUCUCAAUAGUUGCUGCGGGUAGCGGAAAUUUAGAAGUUUUACGAAGAAUACGUAAACUUCAUCGACAAGAAGUUGAUACUAGCAGCUCAAGUACUAUUUCGCAUUCAUAUGGAACUCAUAUGGUAACAAGCAUGUCAUUAGGAUUCUUAUUUCUUGGGGGAGGAAACUUUACACUUUCGACGUCUAACAAAGCGAUAGCAGGUUUAGUUUGUGCAUUAUUUCCGAGAUAUCCAAUUGAACCAUAUGAUAAUAGGGCACAUUUGCAAGCUUUUAGACACUUGUGGGUAUUGGCAGUUGAACCAAGAUGUUUAGUUUUGAGAGAUAUUGAGACCAGAGAUGCUUGUCAUAUUCCAGUGAAACUUGUAUUUAAAGAUUAUUAUAACGCCGUAAAAGUAAUAAGAGAUGAUGGUAGAGAAGAAGUUUUAGUUGAUAGCAAAAGCAAAUUGAUAGUUGCACCUUGCUUGUUACCUGAAUCAGGUUUCAUUCAGACAAUUGAAAUUGAUAGUCCAAGAUAUUGGCCUAUGCGAUUAGAGUUCGGAAAAAAUUUAGAAUUUGAUCAUGGCAAGUCUUUGGUAGGUACUAAAAACCAAACGACUUUCAGGCGACAAAACCUUGAUUUUAUCAGAAUUUUUUCGUCUGAUCCGCAAGUACAAGCAUUUACUCGAUACCUUUGCGAAGACUUUAAUGCUAAUGAUGAUGAACAAGCAUUAUCAGCAUUUUGUACAGGAAUUCUUUCAGAAUGCUUGAACGAGGAUAAAGUGGAAGCGAUUCAAAUUUAUCAAAAGCUUUAUCAAAUUCAACAAGAUAUGGAAGGAAUUAAUGAAAUGGAUUUAUGGAAUGUUAUGUUAGUUCUUGAGUAUUAUGAAAACAUACCGGAAAUAAUACACCGCAGCGAGGAUAACGAAGAAGAUCAAAAAAACAAAGGUCGAUUAACUGAUAAGAUGCUUAUCAAGAAAGAAUUUAUUGCAUCUUUAAGGUUUAUAAUGGAGCGAUAUUUCGAAAUUCCUUUCGAUGUUUUUGUAUCUUUCCUUGCUGAAAAUUCAUCGUUGUCAAGUACAGUCAACGUAGAAAAUAACACAAAUACCAGUCGAGCACAAAGAUAUUUUUCAAAAAUUUUACAUUCUUAUUUUACUGAUACUGAAUUUCCAUCUGCUGAACAGCUUGGAGGAGAAGAGAGUAAAAAAAGAUUAUUGCAAUAUUUAGCGAAAUGGCUUAUUUACUAUGAAAUACCUGAUAAACAUAUAUUAUUAAAUUCUAUAAAGUAUGUUAGGGAAUUAAAGGAAAAAUUAAGCUUGGAAAUAAUGCAAGGUGGAAUAACGAAAGAUGAUGUAGUACUACAAAUUCUUUCGACAUUUUGGCCGAACCUUUCCAUAAACACAUUAAAAAUCAUUCAAUAUUGUUUGAAUUAA